UGAACACCCUGGAGACGGUUACCCUCCGUUCUGCUGGCAUCGACCUAUUCAAACAAACAGAAACAAGAACUUGAACAUCCCUGCUAUGCCUGGCUACGAGAGGGUCCCUGUCGCGGACGAAGCCGACCAUCAAUCUUCUAUUGCACCGCCAGCAACACGGCCCGGCCUCCCAGACUCUCCACCUCCUAGUUUUCGUGAAGCAAUCUCCCAAGACGCAGAACUUGAUGCAGCCUUCAACAACCCCGACGCCGAGGAGGAGUCAGAGGACGAAGAUCAGCAUGCAUAUCGACUCCAUGGACGACAACCGAAUCAGGAAGUGGAGCGUGUAACGCUACUACAACAAAGUGAAGAGAGUUCUACACAGUCGACACCGGCAGCUUGUGCAAGUGGGAGGACACAACCAAGAAAUCACAAUGUUGAGGGUGUGUUCAGUAAUUUGAGUGCCAAGCCUGAGGUUGAGACGGAGAAGGUUGAGGAGCAUCCUCCGACCUACGAUGAAGCUUCCUCCGACCAAGCGCCACCGUAUUGGGAGACGACGAUCAUCGCUCCCGGUAUGUCUUCUGACGAUGUCUUUGUUGACGGUCUUCCAGUCGGCAACGUCUUCUCCUUUGUCUGGAAUAUGCUCAUUUCUAUGUCUUUCCAAUUCGUCGGAUUCCUCCUCACAUACCUCCUCCACACCUCACACGCUUCCGCCCAAGGUGCCAAGGCUGGCCUUGGUAUCACAUUGAUCCAGUAUGGUUUUUACCUCCAGAACCCGAACGCAUACGCUACGGACUUCAGCUCCACUGACCCCUUUUUCGGCACCCCGAUUGAUCCCACGGAUCCCAACAGUGCACUUACGUAUACCGGUGAUGCUGCGACCGUACCGCCAGCUGUACCCAGUGGUACUGGUACGGAGGUGGAUGCGAUUAGCGGAGGAGAGUGGUUGAGUUACGUCUUGAUGGUCGCAGGAUGGUUUUUGUUGAUCAGAUCAAUCAGUGAGUUCUUCAGGGUGAGGAAACUUGAGGAAUUGGUUAGGCAGACACCGACGAGGCCAGGUGAUGGACCGGCUGUGGUUCGUGAGGGCGAGGGUGAGAAUGCCGUCUGAGUUGUCUGAGCAUUAUUAGUAUUGGUUUUACAUUCCCGGUGCCAUUGCGGCGUGAUUCUUGGAGCUUUAUUGCAGCCGGAUGAC